GAGCCCGCGCGGGGCGCCGCGGCAGAGCCAGGAGCCAGCGCAACCUGGUAGCCGCAGCCUCGUCCCCGCCGCCCGCAGCCUCCUCUCUGCCGCCGCCCCCGGGGCAUGGCCUGUCUGAUGGCCGCUUUCUCGGUCGGCACCGCCAUGAAUGCCAGCAGUUACUCUGCAGCCAUGACGGAGCCCAAGUCAGUGUGUGUCUCGGUGGAUGAGGUCGUUUCUAGCAAUGUGGAUGAUGCUGAGACGGACCUGCUGAAUGGACAUCUAAAGAAAGUUGACAAUAAUCUCAUGGAAGCCCAGCGCUUUUCCUCCUUGCCUCGGAGGGCAGCUGUGAACAUUGAAUUCAAGGACCUCUCCUACUCUGUUCCUGAAGGACCUUGGUGGAGGAAGAAAGGGUACAAGACCCUCCUGAAAGGAAUCUCUGGGAAAUUCAACAGUGGUGAGCUGGUGGCCAUCAUGGGUCCCUCCGGAGCUGGGAAGUCCACGCUCAUGAACAUUCUGGCUGGAUACAGGGAGACGGGCAUGAAAGGAGCAGUCCUCAUCAACGGCCUGCCCCGGGACCUGCGUUGCUUCCGGAAGGUGUCCUGUUACAUCAUGCAGGAUGACAUGUUGCUGCCGCACCUCACUGUGCAGGAGGCUAUGAUGGUGUCUGCACAUCUGAAGUUGCAGGAGAAGGACGAAGGCAGAAGAGAGAUGGUCAAGGAGAUCCUGACAGCACUGGGCUUGCUGUCCUGCGCCAACACACGUACAGGGAGCCUGUCGGGUGGCCAGCGGAAGCGCCUAGCCAUUGCGCUGGAACUGGUCAACAACCCACCAGUCAUGUUCUUUGAUGAGCCCACCAGUGGCCUGGACAGCGCCUCCUGCUUCCAGGUGGUAUCCCUGAUGAAAGGGCUGGCCCAGGGGGGCCGGUCCAUUGUCUGCACCAUCCACCAGCCCAGCGCCAAGCUCUUUGAGCUCUUUGACCAGCUUUACGUCCUAAGUCAAGGACAAUGUGUGUACCGAGGGAAGGUCUCCAAUCUUGUGCCAUAUUUGAGAGAUUUAGGUCUGAACUGUCCCACCUACCAUAACCCAGCAGACUUUGUCAUGGAGGUGGCAUCCGGAGAGUACGGUGAUCAGAACAGCCGCCUGGUGAGAGCAGUGCGGGAGGGCAUGUGUGAUCCUGACUACAAGAGAGACCUCGGGGGCGAUGCCGAGGUGAACCCUUUCCUUUGGCACCGGCCCUCUGAAGAGGACUCUGCUGCCACAGAGGGCUGCCACAGCUUCUCGGCAAGCUGCCUCACUCAGUUCUGCAUCCUCUUUAAAAGGACCUUCCUGAGCAUCAUGAGGGACUCGGUCCUGACACACCUGAGGAUCACCUCGCACAUCGGGAUCGGCCUCCUCAUUGGCCUGCUCUAUUUGGGGAUCGGGAACGAAGCCAAGAAGGUCUUGAGCAACUCUGGCUUCCUCUUCUUCUCCAUGCUGUUCCUCAUGUUUGCCGCCCUCAUGCCUACCGUUCUGACCUUUCCCUUGGAGAUGAGCGUCUUUCUGCGAGAACAUCUGAAUUACUGGUACAGCCUGAAGGCCUACUACCUGGCCAAGACCAUGGCCGAUGUCCCCUUUCAGGUCAUGUUCCCCAUGGCCUACUGCAGCAUCGUGUACUGGAUGACGUCACAGCCGUCCGAUGCCGUGCGCUUUGUCCUCUUCGCUGCAUUGGGCACCAUGACCUCGCUCGUGGCCCAGUCUCUGGGCCUGCUCAUCGGAGCUGCCUCCACGUCCCUGCAG